CUACAAUGCCCUGCCUUUCAGUUCAUUCAUUACACAGUCACGAUAGGACAUCUACCUAUCUCACACCAUUCAUCAGACACUGAGCCAUGGAGCAAAACACACUUACGCGUCGUGGAGUCGGCCUUCGUGGUCUGGACCAUGAUCUCGUAUCCCCAGGCUAUAUCCUCUACGCUCAUCUGACCAGCCCGGGCACAGUUCGGCUGAUAGCCAAUGACGGAAUGGAAGUCCACCGUUGGAACCUACCUUACCGUCCUGGCCGUCACGCCCGCAUCCUUCCCAACGGCAAUCUAGCCUACAACGGCGUCCAUCCUGACGGGCCAAGGCUGUUUCCCAUGUGGCAAAAGUACCGCGGCGGAGUCAUGAUGCAAGUCGACCCUGACGGCAAGGUCGUCUCUGAAUAUCGAGAUCCUCUCGCCCACCAUGACCAGCACCAUCUCGACAAUGGCCAGAUCCUGUACACGACGCUGGAAGCUCUGACUCCCGAACAAGCCAAGACAGUUCCUGGCGGCAUCCCUUCGUCCGAGGCCCCGGAUGGGAACGUGUACGCCGACUGCAUCAAGCUCGUGGACCCCGCCGACGACGGCAAGGUGCUCUUCCACUGGCGCGCCAUCGACCACCUUGAUCCCGCCACGUUUCCCCUCCAGCCGCACUACGCCCGCGAGCACUGGCCCCUGAUCAACAGCGUCCACCCGCUCCGGGACGGCAACAUCCUGGCGUCCCUGCGCAGCGUGUCCGCGGUGAUCAUCAUCUCGCGCGAGACCGGCGAGGUGACGUGGCACCUGGACAGCAGCGUGGUGGCGCAGCAGCACUGCGCCAGCGAGCUGGAGGACGGGAGCAUCCUGGUCUUCGACAACGGCACGUUCCGCCACCGCGAGAGCUCGACCUACUCGCGCGUGAUCCAGGUGGACCGCCAUACGAAGCAGAUCGUCUGGGAGUACCGCGACCGCUCGUUCCCGUGCGCCUUCUUCACGCCCUUCAUGGGCGGCGCGCAGCGCCUGCGCAACGGCAACACCCUGGUCACCGAGGCCGUCUUCGGCCGCAUGUUCGAGGUCACCCCCGACGGCAGGAUCUGCCUCGAGUACGUCAACCCGCAUUUCGCCGACUACAAGCAGCUGCAGGCGCCGGAGCUGGAGGACAUCGGCUUCGACUAUCCCGCCAACGCAGUCUUCAGGGCCUACAAGUACACGCCGGACCAGGUGCCUUGGCUGCGCCUGCCGAAUUGAGAAGACAUUCAUGGGACCAUAAAAGCAGCGCAACUUUCUUCUGGGUAUAUCGAGAUCAUUUUUCACGGGUUGGGGAGGGACAAAGGCGGGUGAAACAUGGGAGUUUUCUAAGGACAAGGGGGAAAUUAUAUUGCAG